UCAGCGCGAGCUCCUUCCUGUUGUUCAAAAAAAAAGUUCCUUCAAGCUCCGGACAACUGCCCGGGGGCGUCCCCCUCCACUCUCAAGAAUUAAAUAAAGCAAUAAGCAUUCCCGAAUCAAUGAUUAAUAAAGGAUAAAACAUCACAGAGGCGAUUAAAAGUGAAAACCGACGGGUGUUUUGACACGCACGGCCGCAGCUGGCGACUGGGACAGGCCGGCGCCUCCUGGAACCUUCCAGAGCCCGAUGACCGUUACUCUUAAAGGCGCAGACCACCCUGCCCGGCUCCUUUAACUAGAUUUUAAAUUUUAGCCAAAAUAGGCGCACGUACUAUAUAUAUAUAUAUAUAUAUAUAUAUAUUAUAUAUUUUUUUAAAAUAAACACUCUAUCCACCAAAGUAGCAUUUCUUUCUCGCACUGCCCUUUUGCACACCGCUUGGAAACUGGACCCUUUCGGCAGUGGCCUCGGAGCGGACAAUGCCUGGGCAGCAGCCGCAGAGAGACAAAGAAAAGGACGAGGAGAAGGCUGAUGAGGAGAUGGAGCAGGAUUCCCCAGAGAAUGAGGAAAGCUCGGAUGAAGACAGCGGCAGUUCCUCCGCGUCUGAGGAGGAGGGCGAGGACAGCUCAGAGAUGGACGAUGAGGACUGCGAGAGGCGCCGCACCGAGUGCUUGGACGAGAUGUCAGACCUGGAGAAGCAGUUCACGGAUCUGAAAGAACAACUGUACAAAGAGAGACUGAGCCAGGUGGAAGCCAAGCUGGACGAGGUGAUCGCAGGGAAAGCAACUGAGUACUUGGAGCCCCUGGCUGUCCUGCAGAAGAACAUGAAAAUCAGAACUGAGGUAGCAGGUGUAUAUAAAGGUCUGUGUUUGGAGGUAAUCAGAAAUAGGUACGAAUGUGAACUGCAAGGAGCUCGGCAACAUCUGGAGAGUGAGAAGCUGAUGCUGUUUGAUAAUAUGCAGAAUGAGCUGCUGGAAAGAAUUCAGCGACUGGAAGAGGACAAGCAGAGUAUAGACAUCACCUCUGAAUGGUGGAACGAGGAGGUCCGCGGCAAGCGGAGCAAGAAGAAGUCCGACAUGCUGAAACCAGUAAAGAAGAAGAAGGUGGCGACAGUGUCUGGUCCAUAUAUAGUCUACAUGUUACGAGAUAUUGAUAUUUUGGAGGACUGGGCUGCCAUCAAAAAGGCGAAAGCAGUCAUCAGUCAGCAGAAGAGAAAAUCAGAUGGUACUGGUUCUGAUGCAGCCCACGGUAAGAAGGCAAAAGUUUCGGCACAGCUCUUAAGUGACUCGGUGCUGCCCAAGCAGGAGAAGCAUUUGUACAUGGCGAAGUGUGAAGAUGGCAGACUGUUCUACGAGGGAGACUGGUACACCAAAGGGCAGAGCAUUGUACUGGAAAUGAAGGAUGAGACGCCCUCGCAUGCACUGAUCACGGCUGUCAGUACGGGAGAGGUCUGGCUCCGCCGUUCCGAUGGCAGCAAAACCAAGCUGUACGUCAGCCAGCUUCAGAAAGGGAAGUACUCCAUCCAUAAAGCGUGAACUUUGACACUAACCCUUCGGAGCCCUAAAGGGAGUCUCAAUUAAUUGCAAAAUAAUAUAUAUUUAUCAAUUGCUGUAUAUGAUAAGCAACCUCCUACCCAGGGUUUUAUGUGGAAGAUUGUUGGGAAGUUGCUAUACCGUGCACAGUUGUCAAACCAAUGUGGAAAAGAUACUCUUUGACACCUAGAGUAAAACCUUUGGGUAAACAGCCGGCUUUGGGGAGGCCGGACUAAUAGAAUUCCCCCCCCCCCCCCCCCCCAGUGCCUCCUCUCCAGAUUACUAGCAAGAUUCAUAGCACUUUUCCCUUUUGAUGACCACCCUGCACUAAGACUCAAAUCUGUGUGCAAUGUUUGCCACAGAAUUGAAAGCCCAGUCGGAGCAUGUAUCCAGCCGGUGCUUUAUGGAUUCCAGUUGCACAGUAGAGCUCGCCUGUGGGUGGAUACAGCCUUCCAUUAAUUGUACAGCACUUUUUUUAAAAAGAAGAAUGAACUGAUCCUAUACUGGAGCACUAAAACCAUAGAGAUCGCGUAGAUAAAAAGUUUAUUGCAAAUCUAUCAACAUUUUAAAAAAAGACAUCUAUUAAAAUAAAUAUUUGACAUUUAGGCUGUUCUUGAUUGUCAUUUUUGAUUGGCUGCCUCUUGUGUCUCGUUCUCUUCUCUCAGUCAUUCCCAAGUAGAGUUCCAACACGUUCCCAACAGCCCAGUAUUAGGGAGGGGAAGGUAUCAGAGCAGAGUGCGCUGCGCAAAACCUACGUGCCUUGCUAUUCUUGCCCCCGCUGCUUAACAACCUUGCAGAGUUGAGUGACACGGUACCUUGAUUUGGGUGGGGGGGGGGGGGGGGGUUUGAGAGUGCCUGUACCCCAGCACUUCUGAGAUGAGGGAAGAGCAUCCUCAGCAGAGUGGCCUUCAACACUGGAGCGAGUGAGACAGAUCUGUCGGUCGGGCAUCUGCAGAGGAUAUCCACAACACAGCCAAGGAUACACUCCUCCCAGUGUAAAUGUAAGUGACUUGUCGCUGAGAAAGGAAAGAGAGUGGUCCAUUUGGUUGUGCACACGUGGGACAGAGUAUGGCCGAUACUUUGAAGAAGCUGCAGGUAUCUGGCUGCCAAGUUCUGGCAGUUUCACUUUGGCGUGUCUGUGACCAAAUCACCUUCUUAAGGCUCGAUGUGAGCUUUGAGGGGAAGAGGCAGGUAGUUGGAAGGCUACCCAUUGAACUAAACGUUUGGAAAAGAUUGUUAGCGGGAGAAGGUGCACAAGAAAGCUACCUUCAGGAAAGAUGUCCAUGAGGUUGAAAGGGUACAGAGAAAAUUUACAGAGAUGUUUACAAAGAUUGAAUAGGUUUGGACUUUAUUCCUUGGAACUUAGAAGAUUGAGGGGAGAUUUGAUAGAGGGGUACAAAAUUGUGAGGGGUAUGGACAGGGUAAAUGCAAGCAGGCUUUUUCCACUGAGGUUGGGUGGGUCUACAACCAGAGGUCAUGGGUUAAGGGUGAAAGGGGAAAAGUUUAAGGGGAUCGUGAGGGGAAACUUUUUCACUCAGAGGGUUGUGGAAGUGAGGAACAAGCUGCCAGUGCAAGUGGUUCAUGCAAGCUCUAUUUUUAACAUUUAAAGAGAAGUUUGGAUAGGUACAUGGAUGGUAGGGGUAUGGAGGGCUAUGGUCCCCAUGCAGGUUGAUGGGAGUAGGCAGGUUAGUUUGGCAUGGUCUAAAUGGGCUCAAGGAUCUGUUUCUGUGUGUACUUUUCUAUGACUUUAACAUAAUUUUUUAAUGUAUGAAUGCUUACUCAAGUUUCUUCAAUGCUGGAGGGAAUGUACCUAGAGGACAUUGACUAUUAACGUUUUGGAGCUAGAUCACUGAUCAUGCUUCCAUCCUGUCUCUUUAACACAGGAGAUGGUAGAAAUCCAGAGUAACACACAAUGCUGGAGGAGCUAAGCAGGUCAGGUCUCCAGGACUUGGAGAGGUCUCGGCUUGAAACCUUGACCCUGUUCCUUUGUGCCUGACCUGCCGAGUUCCUCCAGCAUCUUGUGUUAUCCUACAUCUUUUGGCUCUCAUUCUCCACAUAACAGGUUCAUUGAAUAAUUUCUCAGUGAGUAGUCCUGUGGUCCCCAUUUCUCAAAUGCCCUAUCCUUGUUCGUGUGUGUACUUCCGCAGCGCUGCUAGACCUUCAGCCGUCUCUGACGUCCACGCAACGCUUCACACCCCCCCACCCCAACAUCUUGACGGAAGUGUGGCCCUUGAAUGCAAACCCUAGAAUGGCUCCAGAAUGUCCUCUCUCUGCGGUGACAACAGAACCUGUAAGCCUUUUAGAAAUUGAAACAUUCCCGAGAAAGUACAGCUAAGAAAACUACAGCGAUGCUUUCGAGGUUUGAACUUUUCACCUUGUCGAUCUAUUAAGCAGGAAAGUUGGGCCAUUUUACCUUCAAGCUGCGUAUUACUGAUUGACCAGUGGCUUCACGUCCUAUAUUAGUAUCUACAUCACAGUCCAGUCUCUAAAAUAACAGCGGUACACUCAAUAAGGCAGCUGAUGGCGCCCUCUGUUGCCAACACGUGGCCAAAGUCUUUCAACUCUCCUUUUGGUUCAAAUUGGAAAGUGGCUGCCUAGCCAAAUCUUCUGCAAACGGAAACCUAUGGCGCCACUGUCCAGGAGUUCUUUGGUUUAGCAUUCUGGAUGUGGUCAAACUAGCCACCAAAUUGUGUUUAUAAAAAAAAAAAUCUUUUAAAACGAUCAUUCGAUAUAAAAUACAUAUUGGACAACUAAGCACCAUCAACCAAAGGUAAUGGUAAACUACGGCUUCUUUUCCUCCCCCUGCAUUGUUUCUGAAUGUUAAACGCGUCUUUCCAAAAAAAUUAAACAAA